UUUAGGGAUAAUUAAUUCCACCGGAAUUGAUGGCCAAGCUUGAUUCAGAAUACUCUUCUUCCUCUUCUUCUUCUCUGCUUGUACUGUUAUUGCUCUCGUUGGGCUCCCUACAUAAUGUGCUUGGCGGGCAAGUUAUUAAGGUUGAUGUGGGGUUGAUUCUUGACAAAGACACCAUUGUCGGGAAGAUGACAAAGACAUGCAUGGACAUGGCACUUGAAGAUUUCUAUGCCACUAACCACAAUUUUACAACAAGGCUUGUUCUUCACCCUAGAGAUUCCAAGACAGAUGUUGUUGAGGCUGCAUAUGCUGCUAUAGACUUACUCAAGAAUGUGCGAGUACAGGCAAUACUAGGUCCACAAUCAUCCACUCAAGCAGAAUUUGUGAUUAAUAUCGGCAACAAAACCCAGGUUCCCGUAAUUUCCUUAGCAACUAGUCCUUUUCUAUCGCCGAAAGAAAAUCCAUACUUCAUUCGAGCAGCGCCUAUUGCGUCUGCUCAAAUUGGAGCCGUGGUAUCUAUAAUCAAGACAUUUAGUUGGAGGCAGAUAGUGUUAAUCUAUGAGGACAACUCAUAUGGUAGUGGGAUACUUCCCCAUCUAAUUGAUGCUCUGCUACCAAUCAACACGCAAGUUCGAUAUCAAAGUGUCAUUUCUUUAUCAGCCACAGAUGAUUAUAUCCUUGGAGAACUCUACAAGCUACAAACCAUACAAACUAGGGUUUUUGUGGUGCAUAUGCUUUUACCUCUUGCUUCUCGUCUUUUUCUGAAGGUUAAAGAAGUUGGAAUGAUGAGACAGGGAUAUGUUUGGAUUAUAACAGAUGCUAUUACAAGUUUGCUAGAUUCCAUGGAUCCCACACAUAUAGAAGCAAUGCAAGGUGUAAUAGGUGUUAAGACUUAUGUUCCAAGGUCCAAAGAGCUUGACGAAUUCAGGAAAAGAUGGAGAAAGAGAUUUAUUCAAGAGAACCCAGAUAUAGAACAUGAAUGUGAACUAAACAUAUAUGGCUUGUGGGCGUAUAGUAGUGUCAAGGCAUUAGCAAUGGCGACGGAGAAAGCACAAAUUUCAAAACCAAAAUUUUGGAAACCAAAUACCAAUGGAGAGAAUUGGACAGACUUGGAUGUAAUUGGAGCCUCAGAAAUGGGGCCAAUGCUUCUUCAAUCAAUUCGAAACAUGAGAUUCAAUGACUUGAGUGGUGAGUUCAAUUUAGUUGACGGAGAGUUACAAUCAUCAACCUUUCAAAUAGUCAAUGUGAUUGGAAAACGAGAUUGGGAAGUAGGCUUUUGGACUCCAAAAUAUGGGAUAUCAAAGCAUUUAAUGCCAGACAAGGAUAGUUAUACAACUAACAAGGAUGAUCUCAUCAAGCCAAUCAUAUGGCCUGGUGAAUCUUAUGUAGUGCCUAAAGGUUGGGAAAUGACAGCAAUGGAAAACAGGUUGAGGGUUGGAGUUCCAGUUGGAAAUGCAUUCUAUGGAUUCAUUAAAGUGGAAAAGCAUCCUCAAACUAAUGACGUCAUUGCUAUUGGGUUUUGUGUAGAUGUGUUCAAAGAAGUUAUGGAUCAUUUGCUCCCUUAUGCUAUCCAAUAUGAGUUUAUUCCUUUCGUAUCUCCUGGUUCUAAUAUUACUAUAAGCUAUGAUGAGCUCGUUUAUCAAAUUGCUCUUGAUAAGUUCGAUGUUGUCGUGGGUGAUGUAACCAUCAAAACAAAUAGAUCCAAGUUUGUUGAUUUUACAAUGCCUUUCACAGAAUCUGGCGUGGCAAUGAUCGUUCCAAUUAAGGAUGAUGAAAGCAAGAAUGCAUGGAUUUUUAUGAAACCCCUAACAAUGGAUAUGUGGUUAAUAAUUUUGGCAUUGUUCAUUUUCAUUGGAUUUGUGGUAUGGGUUCUAGAGCAUCGUGUUAACAAAGAAUUCAGAGGCCCACCGCUCCAACAAGUUGGAAUGAUAUUUUGGUUCUCCUUCUCGACUUUGGUGUUUGCCCAUACAGAGAAGGUAGUUAACAAUUUAUCAAGAUUUAUUGUAGUUGUUUGGGUGUUUGUGGUGCUGGUAGUGACAUCAAGUUAUACAGCAAGCUUAACGUCAAUGCUAACUGUGCAAAAGCUACAACCCACUAUCACAAACAUCAAUGAUCUCAUAAAGAGUGGAGACUAUGUUGGGUAUCCAGAGGGAUCUUAUAUUGGUGAACUUUUGAAGAGUAUGGGCUUCGAUCCCUCCAAGGUAAGGGCUGUACAAGCAUUUAAUGAAGCUCUUUCUAAAGGAAGUACGAAUGGAGGGGUUGCUGCAAUUGUCGAUGAGAUCCCUUAUUUGAGAUUAUUCCUUUCCAAAUAUUGUUCUAAGUAUGUUAUGGUAGGACCAACUCACAACUCCGUGGGAUUUGGCUUUGCAUUUGCAAAAGGAUCUCCCCUUGUACCUGAUGUUUCAAGAGGCAUAUUGAGUUUAAAAGAGGGAGAAAAGAUGAACGAAAUUAUAGCUAAAUGGUUUAGCAAAGACAAAGGCUGCAUAGACCAAAAUGACAUUAGGGUCACCUUUGGAAGUCUCACAGUCAAAAGUUUCAAGGGUCUUUUCCUCAUUAUUGGUGUAUCUUCACUUUUUGCUUUCAUCGUAUUCAUAUCUAACUUCCUAUACGAGAACAAAACCAUUCUAGCCUCCAAUUGCUCAAUUAGGCAAAAGGUUGCUAUGAUGGUCAGUAGCUUUGAUAAGCGAAAAGAUGGUUCGUCCGAUAGAUGCAAAAAACCAAUUGCUGUAGAUGAAGGGAUGGCAAUUUCUACAAUAGCAACGACUGCAAUAUGUGGGGACAAACAAUGAGGAGUUGUUGAAUGAUGAAUUUUUACAUCGGGCUCAGACGAAGGAGGGUAACCGGGCAGGUUGGAAUUUUAUUCUGUACGUAACAUGCCUUCUUUUAACAACACCAGCUGCCAACUAUAGUCCUAUGAUGCUGGAGGGUUUCUGAAAUGCUAACCUGUUUCAUGUCCCCCUCAUGCAUGAAUUUACAUGACUCCGGUCAAGCAAAAUUAUGGAGAGAAAGUUCUCAUUUAAGUUAUUCAUUUUUCCUAAUUUUGAAGUCGAUCGACAUGUAUUUUAUCUAUUUUUGGAUAGUUUUUUAU